UAAAAGUUGUCUGGAUACACUCUGACUUGGUGGAAAGACAGAAUUGGGAAUCCCGAGACCUGAUUUGACAUUAUGACCUUGCUAAUUAUCAACGUGACUUUAAGCAGGUUAACCCUUCUAAGACUCCUUUUAUCUAUACAAUCGGAGAAACAAUACCUACCUUUUAAAGAGUGGCCAUGAGGAUGAUGUGAGGAAAUGUAUGUGAAGGCAGAUUGCAAAGUCUAAAGCACAGAACAAAUGUAAGGUGUAUUUGCAUAUCAGUUUACUUCCACUUACAAAUAGACCCAGGGUCUAACCUGGAUGAGUCCUACACACCUUCCUCCCUGCCAGCUGAAGCACAGCGCCUUCCCUGCCCACCCCAUGCUAAUUGUUAACUGGCUUGCCCUCUAUCUUCAGCCAUCUCCAAGAUCACAGCUUUUUUUCUGGUGGAAAGGAGCUGUGAAAUGUGGCUUUGGCCAGUGCGGGAGAAGGGGCCUUUAUGUGUACCAGCAAAGACCCGAUUGUUACUGAAUCCAAACUGGGCUGCUUUUCCCAAUUAUCUCCACUACUCUUCUGGUCUCCACUUUCAGAUGCCAAGUUUUAACUCAGAACAAAAGCUCCUGUCGGGACUGAUUUAUAAUCCAGAUCUGCUGACGGGGCCCUAGUGUUCCUCCCCUCCAGGACUGCACCCACUUAAAGUUACCACCAGAGCCUCGGGGCUCCAGACUCUACCUCUGUCAUUUGCCCUUAGCCAAGAGGAGGCAUCUGUGUCUGGGUGCUGGUGGGCCGGCCUCCCUGGAGUUUGUCCACCUGCUCAGCUCCGAGAACCAGCUGGCAAGGUCCACCCCAGCACGGAGGCCAGAGCUACAAGUGACUUCUAGGAGCCACUGUGGGCAGAGGCAGGCUGUUCUAAAGGUGGUGGUUGGUUCUCCAGCGCGGCUCCCCUCAGCCGCUUUCAUCUGAAAACCAGGGCUCAUGUCACUUGUUAUUCAGUCACCCAGUGGCAUCAGAAGGAGUCAUUUCUUGGGGGUAGGCUCUGUGCAACAGGAGUGGAGGGUUGUCUUCACCGGGAGCUGGGUAAGGGUGCUGCUGCCCCUCUGUGUGGAGCAUGAAAAACAAGGGGCAGACUCGCUGGAGAUGAGUGGGUCAUCCUGGCUGGUAAGACCCGUUCCAGUCUGACUGCGGGGGCCAGUGGGCGUUGGGGCCAAGAAACGAAGUAGAACUGGGGGGGCAAAAGAGAGACCACUUAGGUCCGCCCCGAAGAGGAGCCUCGGUUUCUCCUGCACCCCUCCCUCGGAUACUCGCUGCGAGGUGGCUUGCUCGCGUUCGUUCCUGUAACUGCAGCGUGGGGAGCCCCUCAACCCCAUUCCUGACUCCGGCCGCCCAGUCCGCAGUUGGCCUUAGGGGACACUUCAGAAAGACCGGGGCAGCUGGCCUGGAGCUUAGAGCCGGGGCGUUUGCCAUGGCCCCACACUGGGCUGUCUGGCUGCUGGCAGUGGGGCUGUGGGGCCUGGGCAUUGGGGCUGAGGUGUGGUGGAACCUGGUGCCCCGGAAGACGGUAUCUUCUGGGGAGUUGGCCACAGUAGUGCGGCGGUUCUCCCAAACGGGCAUCCAGGACUUCCUGACAUUGACCCUGACUGAGCAGACAGGACUUCUGUAUGUGGGGGCCCGGGAGGCCCUGUUUGCCUUCAGCGUGGAGGCGCUGGAGCUGCAAGGAGCGAUCUCGUGGGAGGCACCAGCUGAGAAGAAGGCCGAGUGUAUCCAGAAAGGGAAGAGUAACCAGACGGAGUGUUUCAACUUUAUCCGCUUCCUGCAGCCCUACAACACAUCCCACCUGUACGUCUGUGGUACCUAUGCCUUCCAGCCCAAAUGUACCUACAUCGACAUGCUUACCUUCACUUUGGAGCGUGGAGAGUUUGAGGAUGGGAAGGGGAAAUGUCCCUAUGACCCAGCCAAGGGCCACACUGGCCUCCUUGUGGAUGGCGAGCUGUACUCGGCCACACUCAACAACUUCCUAGGUACAGAGCCUGUUAUCCUGCGCAACAUGGGGCCUCACCAUUCCAUGAAGACAGAAUACCUGGCUUUCUGGCUCAAUGAACCUCAUUUUGUAGGCUCUGCCUACAUACCAGAGAGUGUGGGCAGCUUCACAGGGGACGACGACAAGGUCUACUUCUUCUUCAGUGAGCGGGCAGUGGAGUAUGAUUGCUAUGCGGAACAGGUGGUGGCUCGGGUAGCCCGAGUCUGCAAGGGCGACAUGGGGGGUGCACGGACCCUGCAGAGGAAGUGGACCACGUUCCUGAAGGCGAGGCUGGUGUGCUCUGCCCCCGACUGGCAGCUGUACUUCAACCAACUGCAGGCACUGCACACCCUGCAGGAUGCCUCUUGGCACAACACCACCUUCUUUGGGGUUUUUCGUGCACGAUGGGGCGAUGUGGACCUGUCAGCAGUCUGCGAGUACCAGUUGGAAGAGAUCCAGAGGGUAUUUGAGGGUCCCUACAAGGAGUACCGUGAGCAAGCCCAGAAGUGGGGCCGCUAUACUGACCCAGUACCCAGCCCACGGCCAGGCUCGUGCAUCAACAACUGGCACCGACGCCAUGGCUAUACCAGUUCUCUAGAGCUGCCUGAUAACACCCUCAACUUCAUCAAGAAGCACCCACUGAUGGAGGAGCAAGUAGGGCCUCGGUGGGGCCGGCCCUUGCUUGUGAAGAAGGACACCAACUUCACCCACCUGGUGGCUGACCGGGUUACAGGACUUGAUGGAGCCACCUAUACAGUGCUGUUCAUUGGCACAGGAGACGGCUGGCUGCUUAAGGCUGUGAGCCUGGGGCCCUGGGUCCACCUGAUCGAGGAGCUACAGGUGUUUGACCAGGAGCCUGUGGAAAGCUUGGUCCUAUCCCGGAGCAAGAAGCUUCUCUUUGCAGGCUCCCGCUCUCAGCUGGUUCAGCUGCCCCUGGCUGACUGCAUGAAGUACCGCUCUUGCGCAGACUGCGUCCUCGCUCGGGACCCCUACUGUGCCUGGAGUGUCAACACCAGCCGCUGUGUGACCGUGGGUGGCCACCCUGGGUCCUUGCUGAUCCAGCACGUGACAGUCUCAGACACCUCAGGCAUUUGUAACCUCCGUGGCAAUAAGAAAGUCAGGCUCACACCCAAAAACAUCACCGUGGUGGCAGGCACAGACCUGGUGCUGCCCUGCCGCCUCUCUUCCAAUUUGGCCCAUGCCCGCUGGACCUUUGGGGGCCGGGACCUGCCUGCCGAACAGCCUGGCUCCUUCCUCUAUGAUGCCCGCCUACAGGCCCUGGUUGUGAUGGCUGCCCAGCCCCGCCACGCCGGGGCCUACCACUGCUUUUCAGAGGAGCAGGGGGCGCGGCUGGCUGCUGAAGGCUACCUGGUGGCUGUGGUGGCGGGUCCAUCGGUGACCCUGGAGGCCCGGGCACCCUUGGAAAACCUGGGGCUGGUGUGGCUGGCUGUGGUGGCCCUGGGGGCCGUGUGCCUGGUACUGCUGCUGCUUGUUUUGUCCCUGCGCCGGCGGCUGCGGGAGGAACUGGAGAAAGGUGCCAAGGCGGCGGAGAGGACCCUGGUGUACCCUCUGGAGCUGCCCAAGGAGCCUGCCAGCCCCCCGUUCAGGCCUGGCCCCGAGGCCGAUGAGAAACUCUGGGAUCCUGUUGGCUACUACUACUCGGACGGCUCCCUCAAGAUUGUGCCUGGACACGCUCGCUGCCAGCCCGGGGGCGGGCCCCCUUCUCCACCUCCAGGCAUCCCCGGCCAGCCCCUGCCUUCUCCGACCCGGCUUCACCUGGGGGGCGGGCGGAACUCAAAUGCCAAUGGCUACGUCCGCUUACAGCUGGGAGGGGAGGACCGCGGCGGGCUUGGGCACCCGCUGCCAGAGCUCGCUGAUGAACUGAGGCGCAAACUGCAGCAGCGCCAGCCGCUGCCGGACUCCAAUCCUGAGGAGUCCUCAGUAUGAGGGGCCCCCACCGCUUCACAGGGGCAGCGUGGGAGGUGCAGCUCCUACUUUUGCACAGGCAUCAGCUACCUCAGGGACAUGGCGCGGGCACCUGCUCGGCCUGGGACAGACCCUGCCCAGCACCCGUCCGGCCAUGAGGACCUGCUCUGCUCAGCACGGGCACUGCCACUUGGUGUGGCUCACCAGGGCACCAGCCUCGCAGAAGGCAUCUUCCUCCUCUCUGUGAGGGGCUGUGAAUCACGGACACAUGGGACCCCAGCAGCCAAAACUUUUCAAGGCAGAAGUUGGAGAUGUGGCUGUGUUUGUAUCUAUAUGUACAUGUAUGUGGGUGUGUGCAUGUGUGUGUGUGUGUGUGACAUAGUCUUUCUGUUUCUGUGUGUGUGCCUGUAUGUGUGUGUGUGAUAGUCUUCCUUUUUCUGUCAAGUCUUCCCUUGGCCUGGGGGUCCUCCUGGUGAGUCAUUGGAGCUAUGAAGGGGAAGGGGUUGUAUCACUUUGCCUCUCCUACCCCCACCUGUCCCAGUGUGGGGCAGCGAUGUACAUAUGGGGGUGGGCUGGGCAGGGUGCUGUGCUCCUUUUGGGGGGUCCAGGGCUCUGGGGUGGGCCUGGUCCUGCUCCUAGGGCUGUGAAUGUUUUCAGGGUGGGGGGAGGGAGAUGGAUUCUCCUGUGUGUUUGGGGCAAGGGUGGGAGGGGCCUCCCACUUGGCCCUGGGGUUCAGUGGUAUUUUAUACAUGUCCUCCCGUAUGGGGCUGGGAAAGGUUGUGUGGGGGGGGAGGGGGAGGGAGGAGAGAGGGUGGGCAUGCUGUGGAUAUUGCAUAUCCUCUCCCAGCCCUAGGAGGAGGGCUCCUAACAGUGUAACUUAUUGUGUCCCCGCGUAUUUAUUUGUUGUAAAUAUUUGAGUAUUUUUAUAUUGACAAAUAAAAUUGAGAAAACAA